AUUGACAUAAUGAUAUAUCUGUGCCGUAGCUGCAAUUGAAAAAGAAGAGAUUUUUUUUAAAUCAGCCUGUGACAGUGACAAUUGGACAAAUGACAGUGACAGUUUUCAAUUGUCCGAGACUAGGGGCUAAAAGAGGAAAUAAAUUUUUACAUUGUUUACGAUUACAAAAUUCAAAAUUGAGCAUUAUGCGUAGGGAAUUUAUACUAGUAUUCCUUGGAAUCAUAUGUAUAUCGACGUUAUCUUCUUUAUUGUCAGGUUAUGUUCAAAUUGAGACUGACAAAGUGCUUCUGGACACAGUAGUUGGUGCCGUUGGCGCUGGUAACUUCUCCUACUGGCAACUUGGACAUACUGGUCCUUUGCUGGUGGAAUUGACUUCCCUGAGUGGUGAUGCGGAUCUCUACGUUUCUGAUAGUAUAAGACCGAGCUACGAGGUGGACAGGAACAACUUCAGUUCAGCAACGUGUGGCCCCGACAUGGUCAACAUACCGGCUGACUUUCCCAGACCAAUAGGUAUUGGCGUAUUCGGCCAUUGGUCCCAUAUAUUCUCGGAGUACAGCAUCCAGGUGUUCCUGGACACCAGCACGGUGCUGAGCGAGGAGCAGGUGCUGGCCAUCGAGAAGGCACAUCAAGGGAAUACUGAGAGAUCUGAUCAAGACAAGAAAAGUCGCGAGAAGCAAGUUCAGAAGAAGACAGACGAGGAAAACAAACCGCGUCUCAUGAAGUUGUUGAGCAUAUUGGACAUGAUAUUCGAGACCUUUGUCCUGUAGGCAGCUAUGAGUCCUGUGUGCACUCAGCAUGACAACCCGUCGUCGUCCACUGUUGGACACGGGUCUCAGACAUUGUAUUUGGCAUGGAGGCUUUAGUUUCAAUUGUCCUUCUCAUCUGCUGAUACUUAAGGAAGGGUGAUAUAUAGCAAUAUCUAUAUAUAUUACCAACAUAUCAGUCGGUAACUGUCCACUGCUGAACAUAGGCCUCCCCUUUUAGGGGGGGUUUUCCAGUAAUUAUAUAGAUAUAUUAAAUAUUUAUAAAUUGGCACAAUAACGGUUAUAUUAAAUAUCGUUUAUUGAAAUAGCAAAUCGUUACUGCGUUCGGAUUUAUUCGUGCGUCAUCGCCUGUGUCGACUAGGUCAUGCAGAGCGAGCGAAUAGAGACUUGAAGAGGAACGUAUCUUUAAUAUAAAAUGUAAAUUUUAGAACGCUUCUAUAAAUGUAUCACUUGUUUUUAAAACUUUUUUUCAUCCAACUUAGAAUGGCAAAGAAGCUGGCGGCCCACCUGAUGGAAAGUGGUAACCGUCGCCUAUAGACAUGAGCGGUACCAUGGACAUAACAGAGUAUACUGUUUCGCCCAUGAUACCCCCCGUGCGUUGCAAUUCCUAAGGACUCAGGUGUUAUUCCUCUGUACCCUGUAAAUUCACGCCAUAUCCCACCCUUCAAACCAAAACACAGCCAUGCGAACACAACUGCUUCACGGUUGAAACACGAAUGGGACAGAGGUGGCCAAGCAAACGACUUUUGUACAAAGUCUCCCUCUGGUAUUCUAUAUACUCGUUUCCUCCAAAACAUUACAAUGUAACUCGUGUACGUGGCUCAAGAAAUUUUGUCUUCCGUAAAUGGAAUGCCCGCCGUUCGAUGGUGCAUCGGUGUGUUGGACUCAGUAUUUUGGGCAAUUUAAAGUUAACUAUAGGACAGUAAUGGAAGUAACGUGUAUGGUGACUUCAGGAUUUAUAAUUUUUGUUUUUUAAUUUAUUGUAGCUGUUAUGUUAUUAAUUCUAGUCAUUAAAUAUUUUUAAAAUAAAUCCAUUUUUGUUUCUA